GAAUCCAUCAAAUUAUUGCCACAACAGAAUUCAACCUUCUUCGCAGUUCAGAUCAAUAGAGGACAUCCCACCCCGAUACCUGAUCCCCGCCGUUGAUUGAUCGGCCGAUCGAUCGAUACCGGAGCCAUGAGCGAAGGAGGGAAGAGCAGAGGCGCUGCUGCCGCCUCCGGCACCGCGCCAGAGCCGGUGACGCCUCCGAACUAUUACUACGGUACGUUUCAAGGAGUGGCUAAUUAUCAAGCUCCGCCGCCUCCGCAGUCUGAGCCGGUCAUCGGUUUUCCUCAACCUAUUCCUCCCGCCGGCGUCUCCGGCGCUCCUCCUCAUUACUAUCCCCAUGGUUAUCAAACCGUUCAAGGUUAUGCUGUUGUUGAAGGUAGACCCUUAAGGGAGCACCGGCUACCCUGCUGUGGUAUGGGGCUGGGAUGGUGCUUGUUCAUUGUUGGUUUCUUUCUUGGUGCCAUCCCCUGGUAUAUCGGAGCUUUUCUGCUUUUGUGUGUCCGAAUGGACUACAGAGAGAAGCCUGGACUUAUUGCGUGCACAUUAGCUGCUAUUCUCGCAAUGGUAGCUGUAACCCUCGGUGUGACAAAGGCAACUCAUUCCUGGUGAAAGGUGCCCGGGCUGCUUAAGUUUUAUACAUUCCCUUACCAUGAAGACGGAGAGCGAAAUCUCAGAGGGCAUGAAAUCUAAUAGUUUUGAGUCGGUAUUCAUCUUCUUUUAUCUGUAUAGCUGCUCUUAAUUGGAUCUGGAUUGGUAAUGUUAAUGCUUAUUUCUGUGCUCUUAAGAAUGAAAUGCACACUAGUCUUCUUUCCCUCAAUCCUUCAA